AUGCCCACCCACACACCAACAAUCAACGCGAAACUGAAGGACACCACCCAAGACUCAAGGGUGACAACCUCGAUCGCAACGGAACGAGAAGACCUUAUCGCAGCACUAAAACUGAUCGCGGAAUCCAUCGCCCAGCAGCGCCAAGUCGCCGCACGGUCGAUUAUCCAUCACUGGCUCAGCUGGAUAUCAAUGGGGACAAUCUUCGCAGUCAUCGUAUUCAUGAUGUACAACAAUCCCUCAGACUGCGGCCGUAUAAUCCUAAGCUGCACCGGUGCCCUGAUGAUCGCACUCCUCCUCACAAGAAACUCCGUAGCCGGGUAUCUCGAUCUAGCCGAAAUCACGGGGACAUGGAAAUGGCUCUACGGUCCAGAUGAGAGUGCCAAUAUUCGGCGAGCAGAGAAGUGGAGAAACGACGUCCUGCUGGAGAAACACCAGCUUGAAUUCGAGCGCGCUUAUGAUAUUGUUAUUGUUGUUCGAUACCAGAACGCUAUUAUUGCCACUCUUGUCAUGAGAGUCGUGCGUUGUGAUCAGCCAGAUUCAGCCUCGGAUAUGAAGAGCAAGGCAGCGCAACUACCGGUGGGACAGAACCAUGCUGCCUUCAUCCGUGCUUUGACUGUUGCAUAUCGGUACCGAUAUCUCGGUCUUGGGAGUGCUCUUCUUCGUGUUUCUGUUAUGAUGCGUGAAGAGAAUAACUGGAAAUCGAUUGAGUUCGCGGAUCGUCAUUCCAUGUCGCCCCAGGUACUUCCCAAUCAUUUGAUUUUCUCUUCGAGUGGGCAGGCUCAGGCCUGGGUGGAUCGUCUACGUGACAUGGUUGCAGAACACCAGAAGGGCUCUGGUGGAUUUCCCUGGGUCCUCGAUGAGGAUCAUCAUGGUCGGGGUGGAAAGUUGCCUGAGUGCCUGCAGCUCGACGUUCAAUUUGAAAGAUUGAAAAUGGCACAGAUUGCGGGCGAGUUGAUGUUGCGACUCUAG